AUGUCAGAACAAACUAAUCCUGAGGAGAAUGACCUACAAGAAAGUGUGUCAUCUGUGAAUCUCAAUUCUGAUGAUGCUUCCUCGUUUGCUGCACCACAGGCUCCCAAUGACACUGAAGAAGAAGAAGAAGUUCAUGUAAAUGACGAUAAUCUCGAGGAGGAAAACGAAAACGUACAACAACAAGAGAAUACAAUUGAGCAUGAAGAGGAGCAACAACCAAAACUAGAAGAACCAAUAGUUUCACACGAUGAUGAAAAUAAUAAAAAUGAGGUGAACUCAAUUUCAAAUAAUGAAGGACAGGAAGUCCCUGAAGUCCAUCAAAAAGUAGAAGAAGCUAUUGACCAACAUGACACUGAAACAAUCGAUCAUACCCAACUUACAUCUAAUCAUGUUAGAAAUAUUUCAACUACAUCUACAACAAUAGCUUCUAAUGCAAAAUCAACUUUAUUACUUGUUAAGACUACUUUAGAAGAACUUGUGGAAGAAAAAGAAGUAAAAAAGAUUCCUGGUACUCAUAAAAUCAUCCAAAGGACAAUAACUAAGAUUGAAGAUACAUUAAAGGAAUCCAAUGGCUCAUCAAUAGAAGUUAAUUCCAUCCUAUUGUUUGAAGCUCUUAGAGCUGCUUCAAGAACAAAAUCGUCUCGUAUCACAAGUAAAGCUUUAGAUACUUUAUCAAAAUUAUUCUCUUUCAGAGCCAUAGAUGAAGCGAUAUUGGUUAAUCCUCCUGACUCAAUGGCUUCCAAUGAUCAAGAAACUACAAAUGAUAACAGUGGGAUUACACCUCCACCAAAACAAAGGUUGAUCGAUGCAGCAAUCGAUACUAUUGCCGAUUGUUUCGAAGGUGAAGGUACAGAUGAAAGAGUGGAAUUACAAAUUAUAAGAUCCUUAUCCGGUUGUAUAUUAGUAGAGGAUGCAAAUUCAUUAUGUCAUGGUGCCUCUUUAUUAAAAGCUAUCAGAACCAUCUACAACAUAUUUGUCUUUUCAUUAAAUCCAACCAAUCAAGGUAUUGCUCAGACUACAUUAACACAAAUAAUUAGCGCUGUUUAUGAUAAAAUCGAAGUUAAAAAGAUUCAACCAUAUCAAGUUUCGAUAAAUGAGUCGAAAAAGAGUUUACCUACAUCUGAAGUGACAGGGAACGAUCCAAUAACGUUACAGAAUAUGGAAAACCUUAAUGAUGAAGAAGAACGAAGAAUGGAUGCACAACAGUACGAUGAUGCCACUGAUGAUGAACAAUUGGACAAAGACGCCUCAGAGAGAGAGUUAGCCAUCAAGGAUGCAUUCUUGGUAUUCAGAGCGAUGUCUAAAAUAUGUGCUAAACCUCUAGAGAGUGAACUUGAUAUGAGAUCACAUGCUGUUAGAUCAAAAUUACUCUCUUUGCACAUAAUAUACUCCAUUAUAAAGGACCAUAUAGAUAUCUUUUUGUCCCCAGAUAUAAUCUUGCCUGGUAAAGAAUCUGUUUCUUUGAUGAAUGCUGUUAGGCAAUAUCUAUGUUUAUCAUUAUCCCGUAAUGCUGCCUCUCCAAUACCGCCUGUAUUUGAGAUUACUCUAGAAAUUAUGUGGUUAAUUGUUGCUAAUUUAAGAGCAGACAUGGUGAAGGAAAUCCCAGUAUUUUUAACUGAAAUUUAUUUCCCAAUUACGGAAUUGAAGACAGCUACAUCACAACAAAAGAGAUACUUUUUGACCGUCAUUCAAAGGAUUUGUAAUGACCCAAGGACGCUAAUUGAAUUUUAUUUAAAUUACGACUGUAAUCCAGGUAUGCCUAAUAUUAUGGAAAUCAUGGUCGAUUAUUUAACCAAAUUGGCUCUAACAAGAGUUGAAAUUACUCCUUCUCAAAGGUCAUACUACGAAGAACAAUUAUCGAAGCCAUUAUCAACCUUUAAUUUUAACGAAUUACCUUUAUUGACAACAUCAACGCUUCCUUCAAAUAUCGAUCCUAACCAAGGUGCUUUGUUAUUCCCUAUUGAUUUUGCCCUUAAGAUGACAUCUUUAAACUGUAUCAUUUCAAUCUUAAGAUCUUUAGGUUCGUGGGCUCACAAGGCCUUAAAUCCAAAUUCUAACAUCGUUAACCCAGCUAAAGGCAGCAACCAAUUGGGACAAUCUGUGGAUGGAACAAAUACAAAUACUUCGCUAACGUUAGGAGACGAAAAUUCUGCCAGUGAAAGUAAUGUCAACAUUAACGUAUCACAAGAUGUCGAUGAUCCUACACAAUUCGAGAAUUUAAAACAACGAAAGACUCAAUUAUCGGACUCUGUUGCAAUUUUUAAUAACAAGCCAAAGAAGGCCAUCCCGGGCUUAAUUUCCAGAGGAUUUAUAAUUGAUGAUUCUCCAAGCUCCAUUGCUAAAUGGCUCUUAGAGACUGAUGGUCUUGACUUGGCAGUUGUUGGUGAUUAUUUAGGCGAAGGUAACGAGAAGAACAUCGCGGUAAUGCACGCAUUUGUUGAACAGUUCGAUUUCAAAGGGCUCUCUAUUGUUGAUGCCCUUCGUGAUUUCCUACAGGCGUUCAGACUUCCAGGUGAAGGUCAAAAGAUUGAUAGAUUCAUGUUAAAGUUUGCUGAAAGGUAUGUGGAGCAAAAUCCGGGUGUUUUCUCUAAAGCUGAUACCGCAUAUGUGCUGUCAUACUCAUUAAUAAUGUUAAACACAGAUUUACAUUCCUCUCAGAUCAAAAGUAAAAUGACUCUUGAAGAAUUUUUAGACAAUAAUAAAGGCAUUGAUAAUGAUCAUGAUUUACCCGAAGAAUUUUUAGUUGGCUUGUUUAAAGAAAUAGAAGGUAACGAAAUUAAGUUGCUAUCCGAACAACAUCAAGCAAUGCUAUCUGAGGAUAACACUGCUACUAUUGGUACCAUACCAGCACAAGCUGCCUUUAACUUCUUCAGUUCAAGGGAUUUGGCAAGAGAAUCAUAUUUGCAGGUCUCCAAAGAAAUAUCAUCUAAGACGGAGCUUGUCUUUAAGAAUUUAAGUAAAUCUAAAGGUAAACAAGAUACCGAAGUUUAUUACGCUGCUUCCCAUUUCGAACACGUGAAAUCAAUUUUUGAAACUUUAUGGAUGUCGUUCUUGGCAGCCUUGACACCUCCGUUCAAAGAUUAUGAUGACAUCGAAACUACAAACAAAUGUUUAGAUGGUCUAAAAAUAUCUAUUAAAAUUUCAUCUAUUUUUGUACUUGAUGACGCUAGAAAAUCAUUUAUCGGUGCUUUAGUACAAUUCUGUAAUUUACAAAAUGUACAAGAAAUCAAAGUGAAGAAUGUCAAUGCUAUGAUUGAUCUUCUAGAGAUUGCAUUGGCUGAAGGUAACUAUUUAAAAGAUUCCUGGAAGGAUGUUAUCUUAGUCGUAUCUCAAAUGGAAAGAUUACAAUUAAUUUCCAAGGGUAUUGAUAGAGACACAGUCCCUGACGUUGCUCAAGCACGUUUUGCCAAUCCACGAGCAUCAUUAGAAUCAACUAGAUCAGCAAACCAAUCAAUCUUCGAUAUUUGGGGUAAGAAAGCAACACCAAUGGAAUUAGCACAAGAAAAACAUCAUAACCAGAAACUUUCUAGUGAGAUGUCCAAAUUUAUAUCCUCGAGUGAUUUAGUGGUUUUAAUGGAUAACAUCUUUACAAAGAGUUCUGAAUUAUCUGGUAGUGCUAUCAUAGAUUUCAUUAAAGCUCUUACUGCGGUGUCAUUAGAUGAGAUUGAAUCGUCUCAAUAUGCUUCUACUCCACGUAUGUUUUCGUUACAAAAAAUGAUAGACGUGUGUUAUUACAAUAUGGAUCGUAUUAGACUUGAAUGGACACCAUUAUGGGCUGUUAUGGGUAAUGCAUUUAAUAAGAUUGCCACCAAUCCAAAUUUGGCAAUUGUAUUUUUUGCCAUUGAUUCAUUACGUCAACUAUCUAUGAGAUUUCUUGAUAUUGAUGAGCUAUCCGGGUUCGAAUUUCAAUCUGAUUUCUUGAAGCCCUUUGAAUAUGCUGUUCAGAACACUACAAACACUGAAGUACAAGAGAUGAUUAUUGAAUGUUUCGGUAAUUUCAUUUUAACGAAACAACAACAUAUCAAGUCAGGUUGGAAACCUAUCCUUGAAUCAUUACAGUACACUGCAGCCUCCAAGGAUGAAAAAAUUGUAUUAAAAACAUUAAGACUUGUAGGUGAUGACAUCGUUGACAAGAAUUUUGAAAGUGUUUUUGGUCAAGACGGUGCAUUUUUCGAAUUAGUUGGGAUUUUUAAAGAGAUUACAAAAAAUAAGAAAUAUCAAAAGGCUGCAUUACACGCCUUAGAAUCCCUAAAAAGAAUCACUGAACAAAUUGCCAAGAUAUGUUUUAGUCACGAUGACCUCGAUGCAGAGACUCGUGAACACUAUGAACAAUUAUUACGUGGUAAAGAUGUAUUCCAAGAUGUAUGGUUCCCAAUGCUAUAUUGUUUCAAUGAAACGAUUAUGACAGCGGAUGAUUUAGAAGUGCGUUCUCGUGCCUUGAAUUAUAUGUUUGAUUCCUUAGUUGCAUAUGGAGGAGAAUUUGAUGAUGCCUUUUGGGAGAAAAUCUGUACAAAGUUGUUAUUCCCAAUCUUUGGUGUCCUAUCAAAACAUUGGGAAGUCAAUCAAUUCAAUAGUCAUGAUGAAUUGAGUGUCUGGCUAUCUACUACUUUGAUCCAAGCACUAAGAAACCUUAUUGCUUUAUUUACACAUUAUUUUGAAUCUUUAAGUGGAUUGUUAGAUGGGUUUUUAGAUCUAUUGGUGUCAUGUAUUUGUCAAGAGAAUGAUACAAUUGCAAGAAUUGGUAGAUCAUGCUUACAAGAAUUAAUAUUGCAAAAUGUUGAUAAAUUUAACGAAACCAAUUGGCAACAUAUUGGUGAAGUAUUUACUAAAUUAUUCCGUUUAACUACCGCGAAUGAAUUAUUUGAUAAUGAUCCCUUACGUCAAGGUAGACGUUCAUCUAUAGUGGACAACACUUUACCAGACUCAAAUACUACUCCUUCUACUAAUAAUAAUGAGGGUACACAGGAAACUGUCGAGAGAGCCCAUGUAGAAGCCGGCAGUGAAGACGUUGGUGGUGAAACAGCCGAGCAAGAUCAGGAACACCAAGAGAUUCAAAAGACAGAAGUUCAAAAGGUAGAACAGCCAGAAGAUGAUACACAUGAUACACGUCGUCGUCGGAUCAACAUUAAGAAUAGUAUUGUUGUUAAAUGUGUUUUACAAUUACUAAUGAUUGAAUUAUUGAAUGAAUUAUAUGAGGAUGAGAAUUUUGCACGUUGUAUCCCAUAUACUGAAUCCAUUAGGCUCACCGAAUUAUUAGAACAAUCGUAUGGUUUUGCCAGAGAUUUCAAUGCUGAUUAUGGAUUACGUACGCGGCUUGUUGAGGCUCGUGUUGUAGAUAAGAUUCCAAACUUAUUAAAACAAGAGACGAGUGCAGCAGCAGUACUAAUUGAUAUCAUGUUCAAGUUAUACUUCAAUGGUAAUAACAGUGAUAAUGAUGAUGAUGAUACUAAGAAUAUUGAGUUAUUAGAUAGGUUAGUCAGAAUCUGUAGUCGGGUGAUGAGUGCAUAUAUUGCAUUAGACGAUAGAACAAUGGAACGUAGUAUCAAUUCCUGGCGUCCUGUUAUUGUCGAGAUUUUACAAGGUUAUUACGAAUUGGAUGAUGAUGAUUUCCGUCAUCAUUGUGCGUCUAUGUAUACGUUAGUCAUUGAAAUUUUGGAUAAGAGCGUACCACAAGAUUUACGUUAUGCGAUCAAGUUAUUCUUAGGUCGUGUGGGUACGUUAUACCUUGAGGCGAGUAAGUAA